AUGCAUCUGAUUCCCAAAGAGCUCGAUAAGCUCGCCAUCUCUCAGCUAGGAUUCCUAGCUCAAAGACGUUUGGCAAGAGGUAUAAAACUGAACCAUUCCGAAGCCACUGCGCUCAUCGCCAACAACCUCCAAGAACUCAUACGCGAUGGCAACCACACCGUUGCCGACCUCAUGGCCCUGGGCGCCACCAUGCUCGGCCGCCGCCACGUCUUGCCCGAAGUGACCUCGACCCUGCACGAGAUUCAAGUCGAGGGCACUUUCCCUUCCGGAACGUACCUGGUCACCGUGCACAACCCCAUCAGCAGCGACGACGGUGACCUCGCUCGCGCCCUGUACGGCAGCUUCCUGCCGAUCCCGCCCAAUGACGACUCCGUUUUCCCCUUGCCUCCUGCCGCCGCCUACGAAGCCAGCAAGCAGCCCGGCGCCGUGGUCUGCGUCAAGGAGGCCAAGGUCAAGCUGAACGAGGGCCGGCAACGCAUCCGUCUUCGUGUGACCAGCAAGGGAGACCGUCCGAUCCAAGUCGGUAGCCACUACCACUUCAUCGAGACGAAUCCGCAGCUCGAGUUCGACAGGGCGCGGGCGUACGGGUUUCGGCUGGACAUUCCCGCCGGCACCUCGGUGCGGUUCGAGCCCGGCGACACCAAGACGGUCACGCUGGUGGAGAUUGGCGGCAACAAGGUCAUCAGGGGCGGCAACAACCUGGCCUCAGGCAAGCUUGACUUGACAAGGGCGGAGGAGAUCAUUGCCAAGUUGCAGAAGGCCGGGUUUGCCCACGCGCCGGAGGAGCCGGUGGGCGAUGCGGCGGCAUUCAUCAGCGAGCCGUUUACCAUGGACCGGAGGGCGUACGCGGUCAUGUUUGGCCCGACGGUGGGUGAUAUGGUAAGGCUGGGAGCUACAGAUCUGUGGAUCAAGGUCGAGAAGGAUUACACUGUUUACGGGGACGAAUGUAAAUUCGGCGGCGGCAAGACCUUGCGCGAAGGCAUGGGGCAGGCGACGGGCAGGUCGGAUGAGGAGACGCUGGAUAUGGUGGUGACGAACGCGUUGGUGGUGGAUUGGACGGGCAUCUACAAGGCGGAUAUCGGUGUCAAGGCUGGUGUCAUUGUGGGCAUUGGCAAGGCUGGUAAUCCGGAUGUAAUGGACGGUGUCACGCCGGGCAUGAUUGUGGGAAGUUGUACGGACGUGGUGGCGGGUGAGGGCAAGAUCAUCACGGCGGGAGGUAUUGAUACGCAUAUUCACUUCAUCUGCCCUCAACAGGCGGCUGAGGCUCUGGCUGCUGGUAUCACUACUUUCCUUGGUGGUGGAACUGGUCCCAGCGCCGGCACAAACGCAACCACCUGCACCCCCGGCGCCCAUUACAUGCGCCAAAUGCUUCAAGCCUGCGACUCGCUCCCUCUCAACAUCGGCAUAACCGGCAAAGGCAACGACAGCGACCCCUCCGCCCUUCGGGAACAGAUCCUCGCCGGCGCCUGCGGCCUCAAGCUGCACGAAGACUGGGGUACCACCCCUGCUGCCAUCGACUCCUGCCUAACCGUCUGUGACGAGCUCGACGUGCAAUGUCUAAUCCAUACCGACACUCUGAACGAGUCCGGCUUCGUUGAAUCGACCAUCGCCGCCUUCGCCGGCCGCACCAUCCACACAUACCACACCGAAGGUGCCGGCGGCGGGCACGCGCCAGACAUCAUCUCUGUUGUUGAACAUCCCAAUGUCCUCCCCUCGAGCACCAACCCCACCAGGCCAUUCACCCGCAACACCCUAGACGAGCAUCUGGACAUGUUAAUGGUGUGCCAUCACCUCUCCAAAAACAUUCCCGAGGACGUGGCCUUCGCCGAGUCGCGCAUCCGCGCCGAGACCAUCGCCGCCGAGGACGUGCUGCACGAUCUGGGCGCCAUCAGCAUGAUGAGCAGCGACAGCCAGGCCAUGGGCCGUUGCGGCGAAGUCAUUCUUCGCACCUGGAACACGGCACACAAGAACAAACUCCAGCGUGGUCCCCUCCCGGAGGAUCAAGGCACCGGGGGCGCGGAUAACCACCGGGUGAAGCGCUACAUCUCCAAAUACACCAUCAACCCGGCCCUCGCGCAGGGCAUGUCGCACCUGAUCGGCUCUAUCGAAACCGGCAAGCUCGCCGACCUGGUCGUCUGGGACCCAGCCUGGUUCGGCACCAAGCCUUCCCUCGUCAUCAAGUCCGGAUUAAUCGCCAGCGCGAUGAUGGGCGACCCCAACGCCUCGAUCCCGACGGUGCAGCCGGUUAUUGCGCGGCCCAUGUUUGCGCCCAUGGUGGCCAAGUCCAAGGUGCUGUUUGUUUCGCAGGCGAGCUUGGAUAGUGGUGCGAUUGAAGGGUAUGGAUUGAAGAGUAGGAUGGAGGCGGUGAAGGGGUGUAGAACGGUGGGCAAGAAAGAUAUGAAGUUUAAUGAGAGGAUGCCGAGGAUGAAGGUCGAUCCUGAGAGGUAUACGGUUGAGGCGGACGGGGAGGUGUGUACGGCGGAGCCGAGUAGCGAGUUGCCAUUGACGCAGAGUUAUUUUGUUUAUUGAGAGAAAGGGGAACGGAGAAGGGAAGUGAAGUGAGGUAACUUGAGGGACAGUUUGUUUUUGCCAGGCGGGAAGGAGGAGGCAGUCAUACGGGUCAUUGUAUACUCCGGCAGUUAAAGAGAUUUGACUUGCUUCUUUUUCGGUCUAUGCCACUGUCGGUCGUUAAUUCCAGAUAAUCGUGAU